CGCCCCCAGCCGAAGCCCCGCCCCUCUGGCGCGGUCUCUUCACAGCGGCAGAGGCGCCUCCAUUUUCUACUCGUCUUCCUGGCCGACGGCCGUCCUUUCCUCCUCCUCCUCCUCCGGCGUCCGCCCCAAACAGCACCCGACGCCCAGCGGAGGAGCCCCGGGGAGGCCCUGCUGCAGCGCCCACGCUUCCCACAGCAGCAGCAGCCGACGCCAGCGCCUCCUCUUCGCCGCCGCCAUGAACGAGGAGUACGACGUGAUCGUGCUGGGGACCGGCCUGACGGAAUGCAUUCUCUCUGGCAUUAUGUCCGUGAAUGGAAAGAAGGUCCUUCACAUGGAUCGCAAUGCUUACUAUGGAGGUGAAAGCGCAUCCAUUACACCCCUGGAAGAUCUGUACAAACGGUUUUGCCUGCCAGGAUCUCCACCUGAAUCUAUGGGCCGAGGAAGAGACUGGAACGUGGACCUGAUCCCUAAAUUCCUUAUGGCUAAUGGCCAGCUGGUCAAGAUGUUGAUGUACACAGAAGUCACUCGCUACUUGGACUUCAAGGUGAUUGAAGGAAGCUUUGUCUAUAAGGGAGGAAAGAUUUACAAAGUUCCUUCAACUGAGGCAGAAGCCCUGGCAUCCAGUCUGAUGGGCUUGUUUGAGAAAAGGCGCUUCAGGAAAUUCUUGGUGUACGUCGCCAAUUUUGACGAGAACGAUUCCCGCACUUUUGAAGGUGUCGAUCCCAAGAAGAACACCAUGCGUGACGUGUACAAAAAGUUUGACUUGGGCCAAGAUGUCAUAGAUUUCACAGGCCAUGCCCUUGCACUGUACAGAACCGAUGACUACCUAGACCAGCCUUGCCAAGAAACAAUCAACAGGAUUAAACUGUACAGCGAGUCUCUAGCUAGAUAUGGCAAAAGCCCCUACCUGUAUCCUCUUUAUGGCCUGGGAGAGCUGCCCCAGGGAUUUGCAAGGUUAAGUGCCAUCUAUGGCGGCACCUACAUGCUGAACAAACCAAUUGAAGAGAUUGUCAUAGAAAAUGGCAAAGUGGUUGGCGUGAAAUCAGAAGGAGAGAUUGCCCACUGCAAGCAGCUCAUCUGCGACCCCAGCUAUGUCCCAGACAGAGUCAAAAAGGCCGGUAAAGUGAUCCGGGUCAUCUGUAUCUUGAGCCACCCAAUCAAGAAUACAAACGAUGCCAACUCAUGCCAGAUCAUCAUUCCUCAGAACCAGGUUAACAGGAAAUCAGACAUCUACGUCUGCAUGAUCUCCUCUGCGCACAACGUGGCUGCACAAGGGAAGUACAUUGCCAUUGUGAGCACCACUGUGGAGACCAGCGAGCCAGAGAAGGAAAUCAAACCCGCCCUGGAGCUCCUUGAGCCCAUUGAGCAGAAAUUUGUUAGCGUCAGUGACCUGUUUUCACCAACUGACCUGGGCAGAGAGAGCCAGAUUUUCAUUUCCCGCACCUACGAUGCGACUACCCACUUUGAGACGACAUGCGAUGACAUCAAAGAUAUUUACAAGCGGAUGAUGGGAUCAGAUUUCGAUUUUGAAGAGAUGAAGAGGAAGAAGAACGACAUCUAUGGGGAGGAGGAGCAGCAGUAGUGGUGGUGCUUUUGGGUCUUAAGUUAGAUUUCCGCGGGCUGGUGCUGGUGCGUCUGCCCAGAGGAACUUAAGCGAGCACCGUACAAAAAGUUCAAUAUUGUAAGGCCUGCUUUUUGUAAUCAUAUCUCUUGAGAUUGAAAGAGUCCUGCACUGGUUAAAAAAACGCUCCUCUCCCCUCUUUGGAUAUAAUCAUGUGUUAAUUCUUCUUUAAACAAGGUUGCUGUGUCAAAAAAUUGGCCGAUACUGACACUCUUUUGACUUUUUAACUGUUGCUAAACUUUGACUUUGAGGAGAAGCAGAUGUUGAAACUGCUUUCGCUGAUCUAGAUUUUGAGGGCCAAAGCCAAAACAAAGUAAAAAAAUCCAACUCCUGUUAACCUGAGUCCCCCAUGUCUGAAACCUCGCAGCCCUCUCUUGGUCUGCGCUUCAGCAAAAGCAACAGGUGGCCUUCUCAAAGGUUAUUUUUGGGUCUUUAAACCAUGGACCCCCCCCCUCCCUGUGGGGAAAGAUCCAUCCCAAGCUGCCUCUUCCCAUCCAGUCUUAACUUCAUGGCAAGCUGCAUCAUGGCCAAAGUCCACAGCAACCGCGCAGCCACGCAGCAGGGUUUCAGCCCAGAGCUCUCCUCCAUCUCCUCUUCCCUCCCCUCCCUCCUAAAAGCUUCUCAACUCAAAAAAGCUUCUCAAACCGUUUACAUCUGUUGGGACACAACUGUGCCGCAAGGCGUUUUUGUGUUUUAAAAGCGAUACUAAUAAUAAAAAGAUACUUGGUGGAAGAAUGAAACUCCAAAGCAGGCAAGGCGUGUGUAUACUGUAUGUGUGUGUACGCAAGUUAUCUCCUCCUCCUCAACUCCCUUCUAUUCUGUACCCCGUGUGGCUUCUCAGGGGGACCAGACUGCACUGCAGUAUUGAUUUGACGGAGCCUGGGUUGGGGGAAUGGCUCCAAAUGACUUCUGUACUGCCAAGUAAAGCCAAUGUCUCAAAACCA